UGCGUGCGUUUCUUUUUGGAGUAUGCUGGAGUAAGCCGUUUCCUCUUCCGUUUGGAUCUAAAUAAGAACCAAGAUGGUACAGCGACUAACCUAUCGACGACGCUUGUCGUACAACACAAAAAGCAACAGAAGACGUGUUGUACGUACACCGGGUGGUAAAUUAGUUUACCAAUACCUGAAAAAACCCAAGAAGAUCCCAAGAUGUGGACAAUGUAAAGACAAGCUCAGGGGUAUUCAACCCGCAAGGCCAAUGGAACGUUCACGUAUGUGCAGACGUAAGAAAACUGUCAAGCGAGUAUACGGUGGAGUUCUCUGUCACAAAUGUGUUAAAGAAAGGAUUGUGCGUGCGUUUUUGAUCGAAGAGCAAAAGAUUGUCUACAAGGUUAUGAAAGCACAGCAAGCUUCGGCAAAGACGAAAAAGACAGAGAAGUAAUCUUGUGCUUUUUAUUAAGUAAAUAAAACAAGUAAUAAAAUCCAAAAAAAUGAACUGUUGCUAC